AUGGACCCCUCACCACCUCCCUAUACAGAAUACGUUCAACACGGCCAGAGCCGCGAAGAGCAAGUCCCCCAGUACGAAGCGGCUACCUACAAUCAAUCCUCUGGAGACUUCAAGACUCUUCAAGAUGCAAUGGCCAAGUUUCCGCCCACAUUGAACGGCUACUUUGAAUGGAAAAUGACCUCCACCUUUCAUCUGGGCCCGACCGCCGAACAGAAAAUGUUCGCAGUGACAAUCCCUGCUUCCGUGUUUGGGAACAAGCCAUCACUGAUUCUAUAUGACGGCCCAACCAAGGAAGACCCCAUCAUGGCAACGCUCAAGUCCGACAAAUGGGGUCGGAUUAGGCCCGUUGACAUCGCGCUGCCCCCUCGCCAACACGGCCAUCACACGAAUGCGAUCGACGUGCAGAUGGUUCCUGCGCCUUCGAAACACGUUUCCCCGACGUACACCUUCGAGACCCAAGGGACAGGGAAGGGAGCUGGGCGAGAACGAUUUGAAUGGCGGAAGACACAAGGAAAUGAGAUCAAAGAGCUUGCUACGGGUCAUUCCUACGGUUGGAAGCUGGUGUGGCUAUCCGGGCUCGUCACCAGCGCCGGAGGGAGUAGAAACGAACGAGAAAUGGGCGUUGCCAGCGAUGGAACGGAAAUUGUCGCACUUCUCGCUCACAAUGCCUCAUGGAGUAUGACGAAGGGAUUUCGGUUUGCCUUCAUGGGCACUGGACUCACGGGCAUUUUCGGCGAAGUUUGGGAGAUCCUGACUGUCACAUCGGCCUUGCAUCUGUGGUAUUUGGACUUUCAAGGUGCAACGGCUGCCGCUGCUUGUUGA